UUCGUUAUUCGUUAGAAACAAACCGUAAACGCGUACCUUACUUUCAUUUUUUUUUUAAUUACAAAACACUGGUAAUUGAUGUUUUUUCUCUAGUUUUUCUCAAAUAACCUCAUUAUUAGUAAAUUGCCUUCACAUUGUUAUUUGAGAUUGUAACAAAAUUCAAACAUUAAAAUGGAUGAUUUCAUGAAAAUAGAAAAGAUCGGUGAAGGUACUUACGGUGUUGUGUACAAAGGUAAAAACAAAAUAACAGGACAGUAUGUGGCUAUGAAGAAAAUACGAUUGGAAUCGGAAGACGAAGGUGUACCUUCUACAGCUAUAAGAGAAAUUUCUUUGCUCAAAGAAUUGAACCACCCAAAUAUUGUGAAAUUAGAAGAUGUUCUCAUGGAAGAGAAUAAGCUGUAUUUAAUUUUUGAGUUUCUUUCCAUGGAUCUCAAAAAAUACAUGGAUUCAUUGGGAUCAGGCAAAUUCAUGGACCCAUUGACCGUGAAGAGCUACUUAUACCAGAUAAACAGUGCUAUCCUGUACUGCCAUCAACGUCGCAUCCUGCAUCGUGAUCUCAAGCCACAAAACUUGCUCAUUGACAAGACUGGUAUUAUUAAGGUAGCGGACUUUGGUCUGGGGCGUACAUUCGGCGUGCCGGUGCGAGUGUACACGCACGAAGUAGUCACGCUGUGGUACAGAGCUCCCGAAGUGCUGCUCGGGGGACAGAGAUAUUCCUGUCCCAUUGACAUGUGGUCCAUUGGGUGUAUCUUCUCAGAGAUGUCCUCCAAGAAACCACUGUUCCAGGGUGACUCGGAGAUUGAUCAACUCUUCCGUAUUUUCAGAAUGCUAAGGACUCCGACAGAAGAAAUUUGGCCGGGAGUUUCAUCUCUGCCUGAUUACAAGCCCACUUUCCCCAACUGGACAACAUUCAAUCUUCAUAAUCAUGUACAAAACCUCGACGAAGUGGGCAUGGAUCUGCUCCAAAAGAUGCUCGUCUACGACCCGUGCAGGCGCAUCACAGCGCGAGACGCGAAGCGACACCGCUACUUCAGAGACGUGACUCUGCCCCCCGGCCUCACAGUGACCGAGGCUUAUGUGAAGCAAGCGGGCGCUGAACCAGUUGCCACUGUGUGAUGUAGUGUUAAAGUGAAGUGUAGUGCCUGUGUGAAGUGUGACUGUGAAGAAUUUUUUAUGUUAAUCUGGUGUAACUAUCUCUGUUGCUCCUGUGUAAAAAUAUGGUCAGUCUGGUUUAAACUAUCCUUGACGCUCAGGCUUACAUAAAUAUGGUAUAUAAUAUCAUUUAUAUGCAAUACAUGUCAACAAGCAAGCGACAGUAAAGUCUAGGUUAAGUUCAAAUGACCUAAAUUAUCUCCGCAAGGAUAGGUUAGACUGGUAAUGUAGGAAAUUCUUUUCAGUUUGCAAACUUAUUUUAGUGGAAUAGUGAAACGGGGAAUGCGAUAAUGUAUCGUGAGUGAUUGUGAAUGCAUAUGGUUAAUUGAAAUUGGACUAGGUAUCAUAGUUAGUUGAAGUAUCUUAAUUUGAUAGGACUUGUUUAUGACAUUGGCAAAUUUAAUUAUUUGUCUGGAUAUUGUCGUAAUUAUGUCUGUCUGAACUAGUGUCAUUGUUUGAGGAGUUUUAUAGCUUUUUUGAUGGGAUUUCUAACUUCAUAAGAGAUGCAACUAAAAAUCUCCAUUUAUUAUGACACUGAAACAAUUUUGUCAAUAUAUUUUCAUGUAUAAUCUCACUGGAUUGUUAUUUAUAUUUUUUAUGAGACAAAUAAAUUAUGGACAAGGGUUUUUACAGUUUGCUUCAAAAGGUAACUGCUCAUUUAUAAUAACCAACAAAAUGUAAUUAUCUGAUGAUUACCUUAAAAUAAGAUUAAUACAAUGUUUUAUUAUGUAUUUAUAGUUAAUAUUAUGUAGUUUAUCAAAACACUGUGGUGCCUUUGCAUUUUAUAAUUUCCGAUUGAGUAUCUCACAAAUUAUGAUGAUAUUUUAAAAUAAUAGUUUUGGUUAAUCAAGUGAAUUGUGAUGUUGGUUUUUAAAAUGGGCUCUUAAAAUACUACAUAUUAAAUUUGGUUUGUCUCGUAAAUAUUAUAAGUAUUAUUCUGGUUUCUCUGCGACAACACAUAAGCUCUCAACAAAAUAUAUAUUGUUAUUAAAUACAUUUGACGUGCUGCAUUAUAAAAGGGUUUGUACUUGUGCUUUUAUAAACAAAAAGUUAUAAGAUACAACAUUAAACUUAUUAAUUUAUACAUAAAAAAACUUGAAUUCUUGAAUCUUGUAUGAAUUUCCAAUUAAUUCAACUGAUUAUUUUUUUGAUACUUUAUAUAAAAAAUAUUUAAUUGUUUAUGUGCUGGACCACUAUUUUUAUUUGAUUUGGUAUGGAGAUAAUUGAUAAUUUUAAUUUUACAAUGAUAAUAGUGCCAAUGUAGGUGUUUUUAAGAUUAAGGUAAGGGCACAAAAACAACAAUUGUGUUUUAAUUAUUGACACUUAAUAAUAGUAAAUAAAUUAAAUUUUAAGUGCCUA